UCCACACCAUCAUCAGCCAUCACAAUCCCAAUUAACAAUCCACACCCCCUCCAAUCCCCUCCAAAAGCUUUUUCCUCCCCAACCACAGCUUCAGCUCCUUUUGAAGGGCAUGUACCACAAGUUACCAACUCAAGACACAAUGAUUCCCAAUGAGACCCACUUGCUAUUUGUGCUCAUAAAUGGUUUGUUUCUACGAGAAUUUCCUCAGAAAGUUCCUCCUCCAUGACUUAGGAUGCGGAGCUCAAGGACAUCCCUGAAGCAGAGGCUUCGCAGGAGAGGGUGCGAGUACUUGUGUUGCGGUCGCAGGCUCAGCGUUUCCUCGUCGGAAGAGGCUGAUGAGAGCAGCGACGGUUCGGACCGGGUCGGAGCAAUCUCGAGCGUGGCACACGCCAUGGUUCAGGAGCAACUCGACCAAAUGAUAAGAGAGAGGCACGAGGCAAGGCAUGCAGAGCAGAGGAAGCGAAGAACGGGAAGGACCGAAUUCAUUUUAAUAGUCGCCAUGGAGAUGGAAUCCGAUGAUCCUACGCAAGAUUUCAAAGACUCCAUGGUCGAGAUGAUAACAACAGCCAGGAUCGUAGAUGCGAAAGGUCUUCGGCAACUAUUGGAUUGGUACCUCUCUGUGAAUUGUGAGGAGGAGAGCAGGAGCAUAAUAUUGGAGGCAUUUCAUGAGGUUUGCUUUAACUUGUUUGUUGUGAAGUAGUAAAUCAAAUUGAUGGACUUGUGGAUUGUCCAAAGCGAAAGGCUCAUGCCGUUGGGCCUACAUUCAAAUCAUAUUUACAUGUUGAAAUCUUUUGCUAAGAAA